GAUAAACCGACCAAUCGGCGCGCAAGUGGCAAGCCGUUUAAUUGGUACACGAGGCGGCAGGUUCGCCAAUCGGCGCGCUAGCGGUACGCCAGCCAAUCAGCGCGCGACAGCACCGCGCGGACCGCAUCGCGUAUCGCCAGCCACAGUACUUCCUGGAAGAGCCACGUCUACUACGACGGACGGACGGACGUGUAGGCGGCUGAUACUGACAGACAAUUCUUCCAACAAUCAGUGAUCACACGACCCACUACCGUGAGGAUGUUGCGAAAGUGCCUGUUUGUCCUGCCGUUGCUGUUGCUCGGUGCCUUCGCCGACGAGAAAGAUGUCCUGGAACUCACCGAUGAGACCUUUGAGAGCGAGCUCGAGCGUCACGAGAACACGCUCGUCAUGUUUUACGCACCAUGGUGUGGGCAUUGUAAACGUUUGAAGCCAGAGUAUGCAAAAGCAGCUGAGCUGCUUAUAGGUAGUGAGCCACCAAUUACGCUCGCCAAGGUCGACUGUACAGAGGCCGGAAAGGAAACUUGCAACAAGUUCUCUGUCAACGGUUACCCGACACUCAAAAUCUUUGAGCGUAAUGAGGUCAGGUCUGACUAUAAUGGUCCUAGAGAAGCAGCCGGCAUUGUUAAGUACAUGAAGUCUCAAGUGGGGCCAGCAUCUCAAGAGCUAACUAGCGAAAAGGCCCACAAGACGUUCCUAGAAACUGACGAAGUUGUUGUGAUAGGUUAUUUCGAAAAGGAUGAUUCACCAUUGUCUGCGGCACAUCAUACUGUUUCCAAGAAGCUCAGAGAAAAAGUAAAAUUCGCUCACACAUCGGCGAAGGAAGUUUUGGACAAAGUAUCUCACAAGAAUGCAAUUGUUCUUUACCGACCAAAAAUACUCCAGAACAAGUUCGAAGAUAACAACAUUGUAUACAAAGGCAGCGAUUCUAUUAGUGACGUGAAUGAAUUCGUUACCAAGAACUACUACGGUAUCGCUGGUGUACGCACUCGCGAUAAUGCGCAGGACUUCAAGAAUCCUCUGGUAAUUGCCUACUACAAUGUGGAUUACGUGAAGAACGCCAAAGGUACGAACUACUGGCGCAACAGGAUCCUCAAGGUCGCUAAGGACUUCCCCGCGUACUCCUUCGCUAUAUCUUCUAAGGAUGACUUCCAGCACGAGCUGAACGACUUUGGCAUCGACUACGCAAAGGGUGAUAAACCAGUCAUUCUAGCACGAGAUGAUAAGAAUCAGAAAUUUGUUCUCAAAGACGAGUUCUCCGUGGACACGUUCGAGGCGUUCCUGAAGGAUCUGCAGGCCGGUGCUUUGGAACCGUAUCUCAAAUCCGAGCCGAUUCCAGAUAGCAAUACGGGUAACGUGAAGGUCGGGGUUGCCAAGAACUUUGACGAAGUCGUUGUCAAUAACGGCAAAGAUACACUAAUCGAAUUUUACGCGCCUUGGUGUGGCCACUGUAAGAAACUGGCACCAGUAUUUGACGAGUUGGGUGAUAAAUUGGUGGACGAGGAUAUUGAGAUCGUCAAAUUCGACGCCACAGCGAAUGACGUACCAGCGCCAUACGAAGUACGCGGUUUCCCGACGCUCUACUGGGCGCCUAAGGAUGCUAAGGACAAUCCAGUCAGAUAUGAGGGCGGUCGCGAGCUUGAUGACUUCAUCAAGUAUAUUGCCAAGCACUCUACCGACGAGCUCAAGGGCUACGAUCGCAAGGGCAAGGCGUUAAAACCUAGAACUGACGAACUAUAAGACAUUAACUGAUGUAAACGAUCACAAAGUUCGUUUACAUUUUUUAAUGCAUUAAUCUACGAAGCGAUCCGUGAGUUUUUCUCACGUAAUACACAAAGCAACUCUAAUACAUUCAAGAACAAGCAAAUGUGUAUAAACAGAAAUAACACUUAGAGUGCAGAUAUCAUGGAUUUUCCGCGAGACGUUUUGCAAUAAGUGAAAAAUGGAUGUUCGAAUGGGGGUGGGGUGGGGGGAGUGUCUCUAGCAUAUAGAAUUGUCUACAUAUACUAAUUGUAUACUUUAUAACGAUUGUAUAAUGACGUGAUAAAGCGCGCAGAACCGAUUUGAAAUUUUUUUUCGCAACAUGCUUUCCCAAGAUGUUUGGCGAAUUAUAAAGUUAUACAGAAAGCAACACUCCAUUCCAAUAUCACGUAUUUCGACUACGCUAAGUUAAGAGAUAAUGCAGCGAUUUUUGUUUAUAUAUGAAAGAGCCAAAAUAAAUUGUUUUAUAAGAAAAAACCGUCAAGAUUUUUAUUCUUUUUCCUGAAGCCAAUUAUAAGUUAUCAUCUAUGAUGUACAUACGAACUAGUAUCAUGUUAAAAUAAAAAAAAGAUACGCAAAUAAAAUUUUCUCGCUUUAACGGGUAUCAUCUAGCAGUAGAGCCGAUUAUAUACGUCAUAAGAAAUGUUUAUUGUUAGUUACAAUUUGUUAUCAUAGCGUUCGUAGGUUAAUCGUACAGUCUUACAUACAAAAGCUUAAUUAGUAGUUUUGCAGAAAAAGGGUGUGAGCCGAUAGAAAGAUUUCGGAAGUCAAAAUCAAUGAUCCCUUUUCCUUUUUCCUGAUUCAUAAAAAUCGGAUUUAGUAUUUCUCACACACACACACAUCGGAAAAAAACUGCCGAUACUUCUCUCAUUUCUUGGGUUUUUCUUCUCGUACAAAUCAGUUAAACACGAGUCUCAAAAUAUCUCUAUUUAUGAAAAAGAUUAGCUUACGACGAUCAUAUAAGAUCGCCUUUUAUUGAUAAGGUAAUCUUGAGAUUUACGGAGCCUUUUAAGAAAAAGUACUCGCGUGUCUGUAUGUGUGUGUAUAUGUAUUUGUGCGAACGUAGGAGAUGCAUGCAUAUCUUUUCUUCUCUUAGUGUUAGCUCGUCAAAAAGAACGGCUCGCUCACAU